GUAUUUUCAGGCAGGAGGGUCUCCGGAGAAUGUCAUCCAGCUCUUAUCAGAAAACUACACGGCCGUGGCCCAGACCGUCAACCUCCUGGCCGAGUGGCUCAUUCAGACAGGUGCUCUGGGGGUGGCCUGGGUCCUGGCUGGUUCCCCACCCCACCUCUGUCACGGACUGUUGGAUCAUUAUAAUGCUGACACGUGGGAAAGGCCGCCUUUGUUUUCCUGGCUUUUAAGACUUCCAUAAGUGAGAACUGAACUCCUUACCCACUUUCAUCUGCUUGAUUCUCAUCUUUGAUUCAGUAAUUGAGGUUUACAGAUAGCCUGCAAAUGUGAUUCUCAUUGAGCUGUUUUCCCUAGCAGGUUGUGGGAUUAUGGGAUUAUACAGGGUAUGUUCACUGUGCCGUUUUUAAGAGGUCUGUUACAACAGGCAGUGAAUGAUGGAUAAUUUAGGACCGGGUAUGAUUGUGGCUUUUAGCUAAUAUGAUCAAAGUAGAGCCUUACUGUAAAUCCACUGAACUGGGUACAGAUGACCUCAUGGAGUAGGUACUGCCCGGAAACUCGUCGAAUCAGCACCGUCACGUUGGUUGCACAGGAGCCAGUCUCUUGGCUGGCACCUGCUCUCUUCUGCUGUGGGGGGCGGGACGUGUUUUUCCAUCCUCCUCCCUGUCUUGGCAGUUUGUCCUUGCUCUUAGCGGGGCUUCGAAGAUGUCACUCGCCGUCCCACGUAAGCAGACGUCCUGUGUGAUCUGCCCUGAGCUCCUUUUUGGGUCUUGUGAUUGGCUGGGAUGAAUGUUGAUAAGAGGCCUCAAAUCCUAAGCAGUGUUGAACCAGUGCAGGUUCAGGAAACUGUGGAAAAUCACUUGAAGAGUUUGUUGAUCAAACAUUUCGACCCUCGGAAAGCGGAUUCCAUCUUUACUGAAGAAGGCGAGACCCCCGCGUGGCUGGAACAGAUGAUCGCGCACACCACGUGGAGGGAUCUGUUCUACAAGCUGGCAGAAGCCCACCCGGACUGCUUGAUGCUUAACUUCACUGUCAAGCUUAUUUCCGACGCGGGGUACCAAGGGGAGAUAACCAGCGUGUCCACAGCCUGCCAGCAGCUGGAAGUGUUUUCUAGGGUGCUUCGCACCUCUCUGGCUACAAUUCUGGAUGGAGGAGAGGAAAACCUUGAGAAACAUCUCCCGGAGUUCGCUAAGAUGGUGUGCCACGGCGAGCACACGUACCUGUUCGCCCAGGCCAUGAUGUCCGUGCUGGCCCAGGAGGAGCAGGGGGGCUCGGCCGUGCGCAGGGUCGCGCAGGAGGUGCAGCGCUUCGCCCAGGAGAAAGGCCAUGACGCCAGUCAGAUCACGCUGGCCCUGGGCACAGCGGCCUCCUACCCCAGGGCUUGCCAGGCCCUGGGGGCCAUGCUGUCCAAAGGGGCCCUGAACCCGGCCGACAUCACCGUCCUGUUCAAGAUGUUCACGAGCAUGGACCCGCCGCCCGUGGAGCUCAUCCGCGUGCCGGCCUUCCUGGACCUGUUCAUGCAGUCCCUCUUCAAGCCGGGGGCCCGCAUCAACCAGGACCACAAGCACAAGUACAUCCACAUCCUGGCGUACGCGGCGAGCGUGGUGGAGACCUGGAAGAAGAACAAGCGCGUGAGCAUCAAUAAAGACGAGCUGAAGUCCACGUCGAAAGCCGUUGAAACUGUUCACAACUUGUGCUGUAACGAGAACAAGGGGGCGUCGGAGCUCGUGGCGGAGCUGAGCACCCUCUACCAGUGCAUCAGGUUUCCCGUGGUGGCGAUGGGUGUGCUGAAGUGGGUGGACUGGACGGUAUCGGAACCGAGGUAUUUCCAGCUGCAGACUGACCACACCCCGGUCCACCUGGCCUUGCUGGACGAGAUCAGCACCUGCCACCAGCUCCUGCACCCCCAGGUCCUGCAGCUGCUCGUCAAGCUCUUUGAGACGGAGCACUCCCAGCUGGACGUGAUGGAGCAGCUUGAGCUGAAGAAGACGCUGCUGGACAGGAUGGUGCACCUGCUGAGUCGGGGUCACGUGCUGCCCGUGGUCAGUUACAUCCGCAAGUGUCUGGAGAAGCUGGACACCGACAUUUCUCUCAUUCGCCACUUCGUGACCGAGGUGCUGGACGUGAUCGCGCCUCCCUACACCUCUGACUUCGUGCAGCUCUUCCUCCCCAUCUUGGAAAACGACAGCAUCGCAGGCACCAUUAAAACCGAAGGCGAGCACGACCCCGUGACGGAGUUCAUAGCUCAUUGCAAGUCUAACUUCAUCCUGGUGAACUGAUCUAGCCAGAACAUUCCUGGAGACCCCCGGUGGAAAAGCCCUUCCCAGAAGCGGUGGGUGAAGAGGCCCAGUCAGCGUCUUGAAAGUGGGCCCUGGUGGGAGGAGGUGGGCGACGUUUAAAAAGGAGAGUGGGAGCCGCGUCAGUGGAAGGCUGCCCCCGGGAACGGUCCCCCUCUCCCUAGGAAUCCAGGGCCGCCCCAAACUCUGUUCAGUGUUCAUCCCCACCUCCCCUAACGGGCCUGGGUCCAUCUUACCUCCUGGGCAGCGGUCAGCUGCCAGCCCCGGGGUGGACGCCUAAAUGAACUGUGUGACGCCUAAAUCAAAGCUGAUGUGAGUUUUCUGACCGGACGCUUUAAGUUUCUGAGAACACAUGGCAGUCUUUCUGCCUCGGAAGGCGCAGACCCGGGGUAGGUGGUUCUCGCAAAUAAAGCACUCAGGCUGGG